CGAAAACCUCAAAACCAUUGUUCAAAACGGCAAAACCUAACCUAAUACCACCUGACCUGACCACCUCCAGCUCCACCGACGCCAUUACCGUCGCCGCCAAUAGGUUUGGAAUUUGAUCAUUCCUUCAGGCUUUCACUUUCCACCAAGUGGAGUCUCCAACUAGUUGUUCAGUCUUGCAGUUAAAUUGAACCUGGUGAAGAUGAAUAAGAGGAAGAAAUCAACAUUUAAAGGAGGAUCAUCCUCCUCAAUUGCUACGGAUUCGGCAGACCAAAGACCAGACUUUAGGCAGAUAAUGAAGGACGUCGAGUACUUGGUUACCUCUGACAUGACCUGGAAAGAGAGGAAACAAAUGGAGAAUCGGAGGGUAGCUGAGCAGUUGGGCGGAAAGCCUCAAAAGAAACACAGAAUACCACUAAGUGUAGCAAGAUUGACCAUGAAGAAACAAAAGGAAAGAGAACAGAAAAUGCUUCAAGAGGGCAUGGUUCUUGGACGCUUUGGACAUAACCAUGUAAAUGCUAAUAAAGCAGCCGAGAAGCGCAAGACAGAGGACAGGGUGCUGAAGUCAAGUGAGGGCUAUUUUAGGAACGGUGUAUUGGAUGUGAAGCAUCUAUUGCGGCCUGCUACAUCUAGAGACAGAGAUAAUCAGACAGAUGUUUUCACUGAAGGAAAAAAGAGAAAACAGUCUGGAAAGAACAAAGGAGGGAAGAAGCAGAGGGGGAAAAAGCGCAGGUAAACACCAUUGGGAACAUGUGCAAGUGUAUAACCAUUCACUGAAGGGGAUUUUUUUUUUCUUUGUAGUUUUACUCUUGAACCAUUUAACACUCAAUGUCCUUUUCUUUUGUUUGGUUGUAUGACACCUAAUGAAUCUUUUKAAUAUCAGAAAAAACGAUCGUAGAAGAGAACAAAGAAAAUAGGGAUAGGAUUACCUAGUUCAUUA